GAGUACGUCAAUGUACCAGAAACUGUUUUUGCUCUUUCAGAGAAACCAGUAUGCACUCUUAAAGGUCACCAGGAUGAUGUCUUGGACCUGUCUUGGUCAAGAUCUCAGCUACUUCUUUCAUCUUCGAUAGACAAGACUGUUCGGCUAUGGGAUGUUGAAACUCAGAGUUGCUUAAAAAUGUUCGCGCAUAACGACUAUGUUACUUGCAUACAGGUCAAUCCAAUGGAUGAUGACUACUUCAUCAGCGGUUCUCUGGACGCAAAGGUUCGGCUUUGGAAUAUACCUGAUCGGAAAGUUGUAGAUUGGACUGAUCUUCAUGAAAUGGUCACUGCUACUUGCUUCACCCCAGAUGGCCAGGUAGUACUUGUAAUUGUAUUGGAGCAUUCACAUUUAACUUCUCGCUAAUAGUUCUUCAAUAUGACAUGAAUUUCUGCUGUUGCGUGUUUCUCCUUCUUGGGUAGUUGUUUGUAUCAGUAAAGAACAUCAUCAAGCCAAAUCAGCUAACAACAUA